GAAGGCAAGGUCACUGUCAACCUUGAUAAUGAAACAAACAAUUAAUACAUCAAUUGCUUACAAUGAGAGAUUUCCUCAAGAAAAGAAAACUUCGGGAAUAUCGGUCACAAUCAUAAUAUCCUCCUGUCUUACUCUACAGAUGUAUAGGCAACAACUAUUAUGUGCUAAGGAGAGCAUAGGGAUGAUCAUACUAUAAGGAAGGCUUAAGUAAUACCACAUACGUACCUUGGAUAUCCGAAUAUGCGCUCAGGCUAACUCUGGAGAUGCUAGCUUGGAUUCACCACCCACCCUUUUCCUAUAGAAUCUCCAUCUUAUUUCCUGUUUGAUAAGCAGCAUUAAUCCAGAAAACAUAUUCUUGAAAAUUCUUUUUGCAAAGUUCAUCCUGCAGUGUUUCCAAUUUAUUCUCUGCAGUUUCCCUGUAUCAGCUCCUUCGUCAGGAUUUUAUUCGUGGAAAUCUAAUCAAGUCUUAAGCAAUCAAAUAGUUCUGAUAUUAUUUUCUCUUCUCAGUUAGAUCACAUCUGGCUCUCACUGUACAUAUUAUUAACCUUCUAUUAGGCAUGUUCUUGAUCUUUAGCUCUUAAGUCGCCAAAUAAAAUGUGCUUAAAACUGCAUAGGAUAUGUAACAUUCAAGUUUAAUAGAAGCAACACAGAACAUUUAUCACGGUACUAACCCAUCGGAAAACUGAACCUGUUUAUUUUGUUUUCUAUUUCUUUUUAAUGUUUAUAACUUCUGUUUGAGAGCAAGAUCAUCCUGACUAGGUAUAGCAAGAGAUUUCCAACAAGCGGUAAAAAUAAUGUCUUUACAAGAUCAUCCUCAAAGAGUAGUGGUGAUCCAAGAUGCUUCAAAGGAUGUUAGUCCGAGUGCAAUCAGAUGGCUACUUGAUAACUUUCCAUUUAAGCCUGGAGAUGUUCUUAUACUCUUUGGAGUUCUUCACCAGGUUAAUAACCCUAGUACGUUAUCUUUCAUGGGAGCUGGGAAGCUGAUGGGGUACAAAGUGAAGGUGGACUCGAGUUCAAUGGUCGCCAUGAACCCAAAAUUUAUUGCAGAAGAAGUUGCUAGGAAGACAGAUGAAUACUCUACCAAUGUAGAGAUUAAGAGAAUUGCUAAGCACUGUGAAGAGGAACAGAUCGAGUUCAAUAUAGAGGUGCGAGCAGGAGCUGCUCCAAAAGUUGUUGCUAUAAAAGCUGCGAAAUACUUAAAGGCUACAUGGAUUGUACUUGACAGGCAUUUGAAGAGAGACAAGAAGUAUUUCAUCGAGAAGCUCCAGUGUGGAAUAUCAAGGAUGAAGCGCGACAACACUGUUGAAGUAUUGAGAGGACCAAAAGCGAGAGUGACAACAAUAUCACCCCCAGAAAGAACCAUUCAGACCAAAAGUCAAGUAAAAUAUGAUGAAAUGAUACCAGGAAGCCCCACAAAAAGUGGUUCUUCUCAGAAUCGCAGAACAUCUAGCAGUUUAGGCAAAGAAGUACAAGUUGAUUACAGCGACAAGAUCCCCCACCAGAGCAGUAGCAAGUCAACGUCACUUUCUAAACCUUCAUCAAGUGAUCAGAUCAUGACAGCUUCUUCUUCAACUUCAAAUCUUGGGUAUCAUGAAGCAUCAGGUUCUAGUUUAACUGACGCAAGGCACUCUCCGUUCAAUUAUCAAGAUGAAGACUACACAAACACAGAACGAGAAACUGCUGGAGAGCAAUCCCCAUUUUCAAAUGCAGAGGGGCAUCAAGGCAGUCAAAAAGAGGUCAAUGCAGAAAGCCCAAAUGAACAACUCAAACAGCAUAGGAACAAUGAGGGUUGGAUGGGAGGUGGUCCAACCGAUGAGAUGUUCAAUAAUUCCGUUUGCUCAAUUUGUAAGAACAGGCGACCAAGGAUUGGAUGGAAGAGAGACUUCACUUAUGCCGAACUCCAUGCUGCAACUGAGGGAUUUUCCCCCAAGAACUUCCUAUCUGAAGGUGGUUUUGGUUCCGUUUAUAGAGGAGAACUAGGUGGGCUGAAGAUUGCCGUAAAGCAACACAAAAGUGCAAGCUUCCAAGGAGAGAAAGAAUUCAAGUCUGAAGUUAAUGUCCUCAGCAGAGCUAGAAACGAGAAUUUGGUGAUGCUCUUAGGAUCAUGUUCUGAAGGAAGCCAGAGGCUGCUUGUUUAUGAAUAUGUUUGCAACGGUUCACUGGACCAACAUCUGUCCAAACACACCCGCAGACCUCUCAGUUGGGAAAAGAGGAUGAAAAUAGCUUUAGGAGCUGCAAAAGGCUUACAGUAUCUGCAUGAAAAUAGCAUUAUCCACAGAGAUAUGAGGCCAAACAACAUCCUCAUAACCCAUGAUCAUGAAGCACUACUUGGAGAUUUUGGACUUGCAAGAGCUCAACAUGAUGACUCGGAUCACUCCUGGGAGACGAGAGUUGUUGGAACUUUGGGGUACUUGGCACCAGAAUAUGCAGAAUGUGGGAAAGUGUCGACUAAAACAGAUGUUUAUUCUUUUGGGAUUGUGCUAUUGCAGCUGAUCACUGGACUCAAGACUACAGACAAGAUACUUGGAGGGAAAAGUCUUGUGGGAUGGGCAAGGCCACUAUUAAAAGAAAAGAACUACCCAGAUCUAAUCGACCCUGGGAUCUUGGAUUCCCAUGAUGUUCAUCAACUCUUCUGGAUGGUUCGCGUGGCAGAAAAAUGUCUCAGCAAGGAUCCUCACAAGAGAUUAACCAUGGAUAAGGUGGUUUAUGCCUUAAAUCACAUAAUGGCAAGCGACAAGGCAUGUGGAAUUAAAGAUUAUUCCCCAGCACAAUCAAAUUCAGCAAGUAGCACUCCAGGGUCUUACGAUUCAAGAGAUGAUUCAACUUUUACAAUAGGAACUACAUCAAUAAGUAGCAUUAGUCACAUAAGUGAAAAGCUACCACCAUCACCCCCGAUAGGAUUUUCUACAUCGCCGCUGCAACUAGCCAGUAGCCAUUUCUAUCGGAAGAUCACCAUACCUAGGACUACUGUAUAAUCAAUAUCAGACAAUGAAAGGCAGAUGAACUUCACAGGAUAGCAUUCGGUCCUUUACGGUGAGAUUUUCAUUUAAAUAUGAUGUCCAAUUCUAUUAGUUUCUUGUGAUGAUUAAUGCAGGUUAAUAAUCCAGUUCUUUUUAGUCCUCAACCAGCUGUUUCUUUUCUGGUGGGAUUUCAUGAACAUCUGCAAGUUGUACGCUCUAUAAUUGUGUUUCCAAGAAACUAGUUUCAAUAAUACAUUGCUUUAAAUGGAAA